AUGACUAACACAUUCAAUAUUGUCGAGGUCCGUAAUAGCACCGACUUGGAGGACACUCUGAAGUUAUUUUUGAAAUAUGUCGAAUAUGCCGGAUCACUAGGAAUAAAUUUGGCAUUCCAGGACAUUUCCAAAGAACUGGAGUCCAUGCCUGGUAAAUAUAGCCCACCCACAGGUGAGCUGCUGUUGGCGAGGGAUUCUACGACUGGAAAACCUUUGGCCUGCGUCGGUUUAAGACCAUUGGAAGGAUCAUAUUGCGAAAUGAAGAGGUUAUAUGUCUGCGAAGAAGCGAGAGGACUGGGUCUCGGGACCGCUAUGGUGAAGAAGAUAAUGGAAGCAGGCAAAAGUCUCGGCUAUAAGCAAAUUCGGUUGGACACUGUUCCUAUCAUGAAUGAUGCCGUUGAGUUAUAUAAAAAAUGUGGAUUCGAAACUAUCUCCGCAUACUAUGAUACACCCUUAGAAAACACCAUAUUUUUAGGCUGUCAGUUGUAA